UUGUUGGUUUUCUUGGGUCUGUCUUGAAGAUGGUUUCUGGGUAUUCGUCUGGCUCUUUCAAUUUGCUUUUUUACUUCUCGGGGUGGGUAGUUGAGGGUUAUACAUGCUUGGUAGAGACCCUGAAGUGACACCAGACUAACAGGGCUACAUUUCUAUCACUGGCUCUGAAGAGGCCGCCCCUUGGUUGAGCUGGCUCGUUUCCAUCAGCAUAGACAAAUCUUGUUCUGUUGCAGUUGCUCUGGGGAGGGGAUGGUCGCUUUGUGCUGCUGAGCCCAGGCACGGACACAACGGGGAGUAUGUCCGGCUCUCAGGGGCCUGGCGUUUUCACUCGCAGGGCGGCGGUUGGUUCCCCGUCGGGCAGCCCCUGGAAACACGAACCUGCGGGGGGCUGAGGGGUUAACAGGCGGCGCCGCACCAGCAGACCCCAAGGCCCAUUGAGGGCUGCAGCGCUUUCUGCGCGCCAGCAGGGGACGAUACGGCGUCUCCGUAGCGUCACUGCGGUUUCCUCAUGGAAGGGGGAGGGGGGGCAGAAGAACUGCAGGUGCCCGGAAACAGAACGAGCGUGCGUGAGGGGUCAAAGGUCAUUGUGUUCCCGUCAUGCGCGGCGGUUGGCGGAGCUGCAACUGGUCGGUAGCGAGCCUGGGGCUGGGUCGAGAUGCCGUCGGAGCGGUACCGCUGGGAGACCCUGGAGGCGCUGAAAGGCUCCAGCAAGGGGCAGUUGAGCUACUCCCGGGAUUGGCUGCUGCGCGGUGAGGAUAUUUUGGAAGGAUGCAGGUGCCCUCCAAAGUUAUCUCCCUACUCUGGUUGGGUGCUGGAUCGAGUGAUCUCCCAAUCUCUACAGGAAACGCCUCUCUCCCGAAGUUCAUCACCCAAUGAAUCCAUUCCCCCUACAGAUGACCAACCACCUUCCCUUGCAAAGACCACUUCUCCUGCCAGCCAGCUGAACUCUUCACCACUUUCAUCUGCAGCACGCAGUGAAACAAAGGGCAAUGAAGAUCUUAGCCUGCUUGACACAGAUCACGAAGUCCAUCUUAUGGUUCUACCAUCUAAAGUUACAGAGGUGGAAGGCUGCAUAUGGAUGUAUGAAGAGGUCCACAGAUUGAAAGGAAAGGAGGGGCUCAGGCAGAGGCAGGAGCAGCAAGAGGAGAUGGUGAGAGCGGUUUCUGAUAUGGCAAGUGAGCAACUGAAGCGUUUUGAUGAGCUAAAGGAAUUAAAACAGCAUCAAGAAUACCAGGACCUGCAGGAAGUGAUGGAGAAGAGCUCCAGAGAGGCCCAGGGUCAGCAGGAGAAGUUGAAAGAGGAACAUCGCCACAGAGCAAAGAUUUUAAACCUGAAACUUCGUGAAGCAGAACAGCAGAGGCAGCGUCAGGAAGAGUUGGAGCGUCUGCGCAAGGAAGAAGGCCAGGAAAGGUUGCGACGCCUCUAUUCUAUACAGGAGGAAGUGCUGCAGCUUAAUCAGCAGAUUGACCCCAACUACAGACAUAAAGACUUGCCAAGGAUAGAUCUCUCCGCGUUCAGUAACCGUGGCAACCAGAUCUGCGGGCUAGUGUCCGGACUUAUUCGCACUACUAGUGAGAGAGGUUUCCCUAUGCAGGUAGAUGUAGCCAACACUGAGCGAGCACUGCAGGAAAUGCGAGGAUUAAUAGCUAGUAUGCAGCAAGAAAUUGCCACAGCUGUGGAAGAGAAGAGGAAGCGGGAUGAAGAAGAGGAGAGAGAGAGGCAGCAGCAGUUACAGAAACAAGAGCAGUUGAAAGCCCAGACUCCCGUUCCUGUACAACAUCCUACGGGAAGAGAGAAAAAGGAAGUAUUAGGACUUCAGGUUAAGGCAGCAGAGAGCACUAUGCAGUGGUACCAGCAAUUGCAGGAUACUUCUGACCAGUGUGUUGCUUCUUUUAGUGGACUGACUGACUGCAAAGACAAUCAGGUGAAGAAUAUCAGAAUGGAUCUCCAAAAAGCAGCCAGCAUUCCUGUGAGCCAGAUUUCUACGAUAGCAGGCUCUCAGCUGAGAGAGAUAUUUGACAAAAUCAAUAACCUGCUCUCUGGAAAGUCUGUUCAGUGUGGAGGGCGAACUGUGUCGGUGACUCAUCAUCCACAGGGUCUGGAUUUUGUUUAUUACAAACUGGCGGAGAAAUUUGUGAAACAAGGAGAGGAGGAAGUGGCUUCUCAUCAUGAGGCAGCUUUCCCAAUUGCUGUGGUGGCUUCAGGAAUCUGGGAAUUACACCCCAGGGUGGGAGACCUCAUUUUAGCUCAUAUGCACAAAAAGUGCCCCUACUCUGUACCGUUUUACCCUGCAUUCAAGGAGGGGACUCCCAUAGAAGAGUAUCAGAGGACACUUGGUUAUCAAGUUAAGGAUUCCAAGGUAGAGCAGCAGGAUAAUUUCCUGAAACGAAUGUCUGGAAUGAUCCGUCUUUAUGCUGCUAUCAUUCAACUACGAUGGCCUUAUGGAAACAAACAAGGGACUCACCCUCAUGGACUGAGCCAUGGAUGGCGCUGGCUGGCUCAAAUGUUGAACAUGGAGCCUCUCUCUGAUGUGACAGCUACACUUCUUUUUGAUUUCUUAGAGGUGUGUGGUAAUGCUCUUAUGAAACAGUACCAGGUCCAAUUCUGGAAGAUGCUGCUACUUAUUAGAGAAGACUAUUUCCACAGGAUUGAAGCAAUUACCAUCUCUGGACAGAUGGGCUCUUUAAUGCGACUUAAGCAAUUCUUGGAGAAAUGUUUGCAGCGGAAGGAAAUUCCUUUACCAAAGGGUUCUCUGCCUUCUUCCUUCUGGAGGUCAUAAAUCCCAUUUUCAUCUUCACAGGCAUUCAGAAAUUUUCUGAUCUGGCUUCCUGUUACAUUCAGGGACAAGAAUACAUAGACAUGUAAACCCUACCUUUGUAUUUAUAUAUGGACACUCUGGAUAUUUUCAACUGAAACAUUUUUUUACCUAUCUUUCAACAUAUUUUAUGUUGAAUAGAAAUUGGAGCUUCAGUAACUUUUCUCCUCUAAUUUACUUUGCAUAUUAUUUCAUGCCAUUCUGUUUGCAUUUGUUUAGCUUUAUGGACUCUACUGUGUAUUAUGGAAUGUGAGAGACUCCUUCAUUCCUUGAACAAAUACAGUGAAUCUGUCAAAUAUAUAAACUAGUCUAAAUACUCCAUUAUACUUCAGAGUUGAUUAACAUUAAGCAGUGGCUUUAAGGCAGAAAUUUUGUUCUGAUCAGUCUGUCAGUUUUUACAUGAAAUUGCCAAUAGAAAUACCUCAGUACCUUAGUUAUAUUAAGGUCUAAAUUUAAGAAAUCCUUCUGUAAAACUUGUGUAUAAGUAUUUUAAAGUUAUUGUUUGUAUUAAAGGCAUUAGAGUCCAUGUGAAAAUUCAUUUUGUAUCUGACUGCCCUAAAGUCCAAAGAAGCAGCAGAUGUGUUAAUGAGGCUGAUUUGACAUCUGUCACAUGCAACUUUGUUCUUAGAGAUAGCAAUGAUCUCCAUCUUUCCUCAGGGAGGGCCUUAAAAUCAACAGCUCUUUCAUUUUAACUUAGAAAUUCUGAUUUCUGCUAAUGAUGCAACAUUCCUUAUUUAUAUGCGUUAAACUUGGUUUUACACUUAUAUAGACAAUAUAAUGGCUUCUGAAGAAUAGUUCACUGUUUUUUGUUUCUUGUUUUUUUUAAUGUGUAUAAUAUUUUUACUAUGCAUUUCAUGAAACUAGAAGGAACUCUGCACCCAUUGUCCACCAUAUGAAAUAAAGCUUUUUUUGUCUGUAAAAAAACCCAAAGGUGAAAGAGCACAUAACAGCUUUGUGUCUUCAUCAGUAAUAAUAUUGUGCUAUUAUAUGAAGAAAAUAGAAGACACUAUCCCCUUGGCUUAUCUAAAAAUGAACUGAACAAUGGUAUCGACCUAUGUAGGAAAAAAAAGCCUUUAAUUUGGACUGACAUGGAUUGUAUUAGUUUUACUACAGUUUGUGUAUGGAAGUACUGAAAUAAUUUCAUAGUAAGAGUGUAAUGGUGAAUUAUUGUAAGAAUGGUUCAUUCUAGAUUCUAAUUGAAAAGGAUGUGAAGUUUAAAACUUUUUUUAACCUAAAGCUGCUGCAGUUUACUUUUCUCUGCUGGUGCCUGUGAUGGUGCCAAGUAAGUUUCUGGGAAUCCCUAAUAGAUGACUACCAAUAAUGCGGUUUUGGGUGGUCAAGCUGAUGUUAUUUUUGACAGCUGGGGGAGUGCAAGUACGUCACUUGAGAGGCCAUUGAAGAGGUAGCGAUUAUGUGCUAUAUGUUAAUAUGUUCCCCAUUUCUAGUGGACAGGUCUCUAUAUUGUAAUUGGAUAGAUAAUUGACACUCUGACAGGAAGAGAUUUAAUAUUAAAUUAUAUGGCUAACCAGAGGGUGUCUUAUUCAGAAAUAGGGUGGGACAAUGUGGAAACAUGUCUAUCAUUGCACAUAGUAUAGCAUUUCAGGUUUUGAUCCAGAAUCUUCCUCCACCUGCCCUCAUUGCACUGCUCAUGUGCUUCAACUGCACACUGGAGGGUCAUAUCUAGUAUUGAGGAGCUAAUUCAUUUUGCAUAUUUAUUUGAUAUUGGACCUCUUUGCUGAGUAUUGACAGCCUUGUAAUGAGAGCUGAACUGAGCUGGAUUCCAAAUCGCUGGACUGGACACCAACAGACUCAUUUUUCAUAGGCCACUUAACAGCCAUCAUAUGGUAGCCACUUGCUUGCUGUUGUCUUAGGCUCUGUUUGAAGUAGGUACUAGAAUUAACUAUCACUCACUGUUAUAGAUUUCCCACAAACCAACCAGACUCUCUCUUUUUUCCCCUCUCCCUUUGUAUAUUUGAAGACCCUUUAAUUCAGAAAUAGUUCAAUAGUUCAGGUAAAAGUUGUUCUAACAAAAUGAACAGGAUUUUACAUUGUCAUAUGUUUCUGCAUUUUUUUCACUGAGACCUCCAAAAAUGUCUUGAAUGAAGAGCAAGUUCUGAGAGAGAGGAAAACAAGUAAAAUCUCAUUACGUGAUCUGUAUGUAUUUGGGAAAUGACCACUGAAGCAAAGAUUUUCACAAAACACUGCUACAAACACUGCUCUACAAAACACUACUACAAACAAUACUUAAAGCAAGAUUUUGGGUAUAUAAGAUGAUCUACUGACAAAACUUAUACUACAGUGUUUAAUAUAUAUCUGUAUAGCUUAAAUUUUAUAUCUUGAACUUUCCCAGGAAAUGCAUGGGGAAAAUUCCUAGAUAAAAGAAGAAAACUUUUUUUUUUUAAAGUUUGAUUGCUUGGAGUUGGUAAUACUGAUAGCUGUUCUAGAUAUAAUGUUGUUAAAAGGAGAUAGGAGGAAAUUGUCAAAAGUGCAAAGAGCAAUAAGGUACUCAAGAUCUAGUGCCUUGUAAAAUUUCUUCCACUGUUCCAAUUUAUUUAGUGUAGCGUCUAUUCUUUACAAUGCAAUUAAAUACAUUUCUCUUCAUUCAUUUUUACUAUCUAAUGCUUACUCUUAUGGCCAUCUUGGAUAAUGUUUCUGUUUAAUACUGAAAAUAUUGAAUAUUUUGGUUUAAUAUUAUAGAUUUUUAUUGUGUGGAUCAUGUUUUAUGACAAUAUGCAAGGCAGAAAGCUUUGUAUAUUUUAGUUAUUUGGGGAUAUUGAUGACGGUGCAUGCUUUUAUAAAUAUCAUAAGGAUGUUGAGAUUUUCUGCCUUAGGUAUAAAAAGGCUUUUGCAAUGGAUUGCCAUGAUUUUUGAAACUAUAUUUAAAUGCAGCAAUAAAUGUAUUUUUAAAAAUGUUUCCACUUUAUGUAAUUAGCAUAAUCAAAAUGUAACCCAUACUUUAGGCACUACUAGAGACAAUUAUGAGCUACCCCCCAAAAGGUGGUAGCUCAUUGGAUCUAGUGAUGUCUAAGGUAAGUUUCUGUUGCAACUGCUUUUACUGUUUGACAAUUUGAGUGUUGGCCAUUUUGCCCUAGUCCAGGAUAUUUAGAGAUCAUCUCAAUGCAAAAUGUAAUGGCAUGUAUUUACAUAAUUCCAAAUGCAUGUAAAGGAUUUGUUUUAAGUACAUAUACUGCAUGUUCAUUUAAAAUACGGUGGAAAUGGGAAAUCUCAGACGUGAAAUACUGUUGUACAUUGAGGACUUGAUUGGAUUUAAAUUGCUGUGACUCAUAUUUCCUCUGUUGCAGUCCUAUAGGUAUUGAUGCAAUGUCAGUAGAAGAUUUUUGUUUUAGCUUAAUUGCUUUAACAACCUUCACAGGAGUUGAAAGAAAAUGUAUGUUUGUGUUUUUAAUAAAGAACAAAACCUCAAAACUCUGAUCCCAUAUAUUAACUGACUUACUGGAGCUAUCUAGCUAAAAAUAACAGAGAACAACAUAGUUUACAGGGUAUAAUUACAGCAUCAAAUGUUUCUAUUAAAAUGAGACUUUUUUUAGUUGUUGCUCUGUGUACCAGCUUUAUAUAAAAAGAAAAACCUCUCAGCUAUGCAAAUGCUCAAUAUUUUGAAAUGGAUCCUUUUUACCUUGCAUAGGAGUCUAAAAUGUAGACAGUUUGUAUGUUUAACAGUAAUGCAAAUUGAAGGUGCCGCUGCCCCUUUUAGUUGUAUUAUAAAAAUCUAAACUUUGCUUCAUGUUCAUUUUUAUUGUAAAUUAAAAGUUUUUAUGUAAACAUUCUGCUUUUUUUUGUUCAACUUUACAAGUGUGUGCUACAGGCAGGAACCUGAAAGUGAGGGACUAAGAGCAUGAAAAUAAACAUUCCCCUGAUGGAAAAAAUGAA